AUGUCAGGACACGUGGGCCACCGACUGAGGUUCUCGGCCACGAGAAUACGGCCUCACCUUGGCCGACAUCUUCAGCAUGAGCCUCACAUACACCUCCAUCCCUUCCCAUCCCGAGUACGACUAUCUGCUGCCAGUCAGAGGAGGAAUUUUGGGGCUGCAGAUGCAGUAGGAUACCUCCUGAAGGGCUCAGAGCUCCUCAUCACCAACGUCCAUGAGGUCACAGCAACACCUUGGUUCAUCUCACUUCCCCUGGUCGCCGUCGUCGUCAGCGCCGUCAUCAGGGUACCCCUGACCCUGUACUCCAACAGCGUGCAGCGCAGGAAGGCAAAACUCUUCCCGCUGGUCCAGGCACAGUAUGCCCAGAUUGGCCUCGGUCUGCGGCGGAAGGCUGCGUCCAACGUCAUGGAGCGGGUCUCCAAGGCAGUCAAGUCGAGAAGCAAGAAGAUGUUCAAAGCCCUUGCUAUCAACGAGACCAGGUCCAUCUGGGGAGGCUUGAUCAGUCUGCCCAUAUUCCUGAGCAAUCUCGAGGUCAUCAGGACCAUGUGCGGAGGGCCACGCGGCCUGUUGGGGAGCUUCUUGUACGGAUGGCAAGGUCGAGAGGGCGCUGCCUCGGGCACAGCAACCGCGAGCCCUACAGCAACAUCUACGGCGGCCAGUUCUGGACUCGAGUCGCCUGCUGGGGAGCUACCGCCCGGCACAAACAUCAGCGAUCUUGCGGCCUCCGCGACAAGCCCAGAAACCCUCAACCCGCUCGCCCUGGAGCCCUCGUUCGCGUCAGGAGGCUGUCUGUGGUUCCCGGACCUGCUCGCGCCGGACCCAUACCACAUCCUCCCCUUCGCCGUCUCGGGAUUGCUCCUCAUGCACGUGAUUCCGCAGACGGAGGCUGAGCUGCGGAGCCUGUUAGGGAUGCGGCCCGCAGCCGGGUCGAGCAGAAUUGUGAUCGACGGGGCAAGGUCGCGGGGUUCGAUGGCCCUCCGGCGCCUGCUGGUAGUGAUUGCGCUGGCGAUCGGGCCGGCUACCAUGGACAUGCCCGUCGCGCUGCACCUUUACUGGGCGUCGUCUGUUGGAUGCAGCUUGGUUGUGAUCAAAGGCAUCAGGAGGCUCUUUCCUAUACCGCGGGUUCCAGUGAAGGCUUGUUCGGGCCUUGAGAUUCCCUUGAUGCGGCCCAAGCCGAAAUGA